GCAGUAAACCGGCCGGCGGGCCCGCCGGUCUUGUCACCCAACGUCUCGGUGGUCACGAGGGGGACUGACGGCGUUGACGCCAUCGCUGUGGUAAAACUAAGGUCCAACUUCGUGUUGAAGGAGGUUUGACGAGAGCGGAAUGGACAGUGAUACGGGCAGGACGGUAAAAUCCUGUAGUCAGUGUGCAGAUGGCUUUCUUGCGAAUGGCGCUCUAUUGGAAGAAAAGUAUGGCAGGGGGAUGGAAACAGCAAAUCUACAACAAGUGGCGACACAUUGGAUCUACAAGUUGAAGGAGGGGCAGUGUCGGCUGAGGGAGAUGGUAACCCUUGUGUCUUCAACAGCCAGUGAUUGGUCUGGAGUUGAAGAGGGGGAGACUUCAAGGACCGCAUGGCUGGAGGAUAAGCGGCAGAGGAUGAUGAAUGUCCUCUGGGAACUUGAAGAGGGACCUGAUCCACAGCUGGAAGAUCUACUUGAUUGGCAGCUCGCGGACUCCCUGCUGGGCGAUUGCUAUGCGAUCUACGAGGAAGGGAGCGACCUGUGUGAUAAAGGAGCAAUAUGCACAUCGGGGGUGUUGUUUGCGAGCGCAGCCACAAGUAGUCCGCAGCAAUCUUCAGAAUCAUCUUCUACACCAACGGCAAAUUCGACAGUGAAGACAAUUCCAACAACAGUGUUAAGCUCUGCAGCUAUAUCAACAGCGAUGAGGAUAUCUUCAAGAGAAUCAACACCAGCGAUCUUCGUCAUGGCAACAACAACACUUCUCACGACGACAUCGGAACAAAGAACGUCAAAUAUAUCUACAUCAACAGUGCCAACCACGAUGACAUCAUCAACAUCAACAAUUUACUCAAUGACAACAACAGCGAUUCUGACGAUGACAUCUGAAACACCGAUAUCUACAUCAACAGCGCCAACCACGAUGACAUCAUCAACAUCAACAAUUNCAGCGAUUCUGACGAUGACAUCUGAAACACCGAUAUCUACAUCAACAGCGCCAACCACGAUGACAUCAUCAACAUCAACAAUUUUUCCAAUGACAUCAACAGCGAUUCUGACGAUGACAUCUGAAAUACAAUUUCCAGCUAUGACUGCUUCGCUCAUCACGAUCGACACAAUCGGCGUCCAACCAAGAUCUGUUGAUGGGUCAGCUACUAUGGCGAGGGCUAUUCGAUUUCCUCUCGCUCCCUCGCAAGAAAAUUCUGCUAUGUAUGAGAUGAUGCGGGAUGCCGUGAUAGGUGGAAGGAUGAUGAGCUGUUCCCGUGGGAUUCGGGAGGAAGAAGAGAGGUUGUGGGGUAUUCGAUUUCAUCUCGCCCUCUCGCAUGAAAAUUCUGCUAUGUAUGAGAUGAUGCUGAUCUGGGGAUGCCGUGAUGGGUGGAAUGAUGAUGAGCUGUUCCCGUGGGAUUUGGGAGGAUGAAGAGAGGUUGUGGAGAGGGGGUUUGGAGGCGGGGGGGGCUCCUGGGUUGUUUUCUCUGCCCCCCCCCCUCGGUUAGGGUUGGACUUGGUUUGAUGAGCUCUACAUAUAGAUUAGAAUCUUUUUCCAAUUAGUAUGCUCCCCUUUGGUUUGUGUUAACUACUGUUGUUUAGGGGAAGCGCGUCGUAAUUACUGAUGAACUAUCAAACUUUCUGGCUCUGUUAUCAAUCUCUUUGCCUUAUUUGUAUCUCCCCUACUCCUCACUGUGCAGAAGAUUGAAGUAGGGGUAAUUGAGGAGUCGAGUAGGGCAGAGAUUGAUCUUGCACACAACGGGGUUAAUCCUUCCUCACUGAGGAAGCAAUCAAUGCCCCAUGACUAA